AGGUCCAACUUUCUUCCGUGGAACCGGUGCAGUUGAGCCGCGGGAAUGAACUCCUAUAGCUUCAAACACGAUGCUUCGCUGAUCGGACCGUGUGCGUGCGUGCAGUGAAUGGAAAACCGUGAAGUCGACGAAAAAAGAGAAAAUGCAGAUAAACCUUCGACAAUACGUGACCAGUAGUGAAAUAUUUGAUUAAAGUGAAACAAGUACACUUUGAAAUCAGUGAAUCAUCUAUCAGUCCCGUCUCGCCGCAGUUGAGACUGAAAGCUCGUAUUACACAAAAUACAAAAACAAACUUUUUAGAGCACAACCAACGAGAACAGUUUCUUGUGGAGCACAACGAGUGAGAUCAGUGACCAGUGUCUCUAUAAUCGCACAAAAUGAGCGAGCUAGUCGGUGCCGCGUUCGGAUCGGUAGCCACGGCUGCCUCAAGCGUUGGCUGGUUUGUGCCGAUGCUGGUUGCCGCGAUUGCCUACUUUCAGUACGAAGAGUUCAUGGAUCCGGAGGCGCGCGUUAUCGAUGUGCCGACGGAGAUUAUGUUGGACAAGUACGAUUUUAUAAUUAUAGGCGCCGGAUCGGCAGGAGCCGUGCUGGCUAAUCGGUUGACCGAGGUGGAAAACUGGAAUGUGCUGCUGCUGGAGGCCGGCGGCGAUGAGACGGAAAUAUCCGAGGUACCACUGAUGGCGGGCUAUUUACAGCUGAGCAAGCUGGACUGGAAGUAUAAGUCGGAACCGUCGGGAACGUUUUGCUUAGCAAUGAACGGUGGAAGGUGUAACUGGCCCCGGGGAAAAGUGCUCGGCGGAUCCAGCGUACUCAACUACAUGCUUUAUCUGCGUGGAAACAAGAAAGAUUACGAUAACUGGGAGGCCAUGGGCAAUACCGGUUGGGGGUACAAGGAUGCGCUGUACUACUUCAAAAAGUCGGAAGACAACACGAACCCUUAUCUGGCCAACACACCGUACCACUCGACGGGGGGAUAUCUGACGGUCGGAGAAGCACCGUACCAUACACCACUAGCGGCCGCUUUCGUCGAAGCGGGCGUCGAGAUGGGCUAUGAAAAUCGGGACCUAAACGGUGCCAAGCAGACGGGAUUCAUGAUCGCGCAGGGAACGAUCCGUCGCGGGGGACGGUGCAGCACUGGGAAAGCGUUUCUCAGACCAGCCCGGUUAAGGCCGAAUCUGCACGUGGCAAUGUUUGCUCACGUGACACGCGUGAUGAUCGAUCCGAUCAGCAAGAUUGCGUUCGGCGUCGAGUUUAUACGCGAUCGCAAGGUGCACCAUGUGCGCGCCUCGAAGGAGGUGAUCGUGUCGGGUGGAUCGGUAAAUUCACCCCAGAUACUGAUGCUGUCGGGCAUCGGGCCAAAGAGCGAGCUGGCCAAGCAUCGAAUCCCGCUGAUCAAGGAUUUGCCGGUGGGUGAAAACCUGCAGGACCACAUCGGACUCGGUGGGCUGACGUUUAUGGUGAACCAGCCAGUGUCGAUUGUGGAGAACCGUUACCACUCGAUGUCGACCGUACUGCAGUACGCUGUGCUCGGGCAGGGACCACUGACCAUUCUCGGCGGGGUGGAAGGACUGGCCUUCGUCAGUACGAAGUAUGUCAAUGCGACCGACGACUAUCCGGACAUUGAGUUUCACUUCGUGUCCGGCUCGACCAACUCAGACGGCGGCAACCAGCUGCGCAAGGCUCACGGUCUGACGGAAGCGUUCUACAAUACCGUUUUCAAACCGAUCAACAACAUGGACGCGUGGAGCAUCAUACCGAUGCUGUUGCGGCCGCACAGCGUUGGUACGAUCAAACUGCGCAGCAGCAAUCCGUUCGACUAUCCGUAUAUCUACCCGAACUAUCUGCACGACGACCGCGACAUGCGCACGCUGGUCGAGGGUGUAAAGAUUGCGUACGCGCUGUCGCGAACGCAAACGAUGCAAAAGUACCAGUCGACGCUGAGCGCGUACAAGUUCCCCGGCUGUGCACACAUCCAGAUGUUCACCGAUCUGUACUGGGAGUGCAUGAUCCGGCACUACACGUGCACGAUCUACCAUCCCGUCGGCACCUGCAAGAUGGGGCCGUACUGGGACAAGCAGGCCGUUGUCGAUCCGCAGCUGCGCGUGUACGGUGUGCGCGGUCUGCGUGUCAUCGAUGCCAGCAUUAUGCCAAAGCUCGUCAGUGCCAACACCAACGCACCGGUCAUUAUGAUAGCAGAGAAGGGGGCCGACAUGAUAAAGGAUUUUUGGAUCAAACGUGGCGUUGCGUGAAAGGGCAAAUGGUCGUCGCACCGGUCGCUCUCUAUCAUCAGACCUUCUUUGUAAAAUAAAACAUUUUCCUCUCCAGCAAGCAAUGUGAUGAAUGAGGCCCAGUCUGUGGCUGCGUGAAUGUGUAAUGUAUGUGUGUGAGGUCGUGACUAUAACGUAAGCGGUAACUAAUUU